AUGAAUAUAACACUAAGUAAAGCAGUGGCAAAGGCAACCGAUCCGAAGUUAAGAUCAGAUAAUUGGCAAUAUAUCAUUGAAGUUUGUGACUUAGUCAAGGAAGACCCAGAAGAUAACGGUAAAGAAGUAAUGGAAAUAAUAGAGAGAAGAUUAAAUUUACAAGAUGCUAAUAUUAUGCUGAGAUCACUCUCCUUAAUAGUUUCUUUAGCAGAAAAUUGUGGAUCUUUACUUAAACAACUAAUUAGUACUAAACGUUUUACUCAAAUUCUUUAUUCACUGGUUCAGAAUAAUUCAAUCCAUAUUACCGUCAAAAGAGAAAUUGCAAAAAUUGUUAAACAAUUAUCAGAUUCCUUUAAAGAUGAUCCUUCUUUGAAAUCAAUGACAGAUUUAAACAAAAAAAUUAAAAGAAAUCUACCUUACUUAUAUGAAAAACCAAAUAAGCCAUUUAAACAUGAAAUGAGUUACGAAUCUAGAAAGCAAGAAGAUAAAGAUUUGGAGGAUGCGCUGAAAUUAUCUUUGACAGAAUAUGAGCAGCAGCAAGAAAAAACCAAACAGCAGCAACAACCAGUUUACCAAUCUCCACAACCAGUACUUCAAGAAACUUCACAGCAACAGCAACCUUCUACUUCUGCCGGCGUGAAGAAAGUUAGGGCCAUGUAUGAUUUUCCUAGCACAGAAGCUGACGAAUUGUCAUUCAAGAAAGGUGAUAUUAUCAUUGUACUAGAACAGGUCUACAGAGAUUGGUGGAGAGGUUCUUUACGUGGCAGAAUUGGUAUAUUUCCGUUGAAUUAUGUCACACCAAUAAUGGAUCCUACCCCUCAUGAAUUGCAAAUGGCAAAGCAAAAAGAAAGUGAAAUUUUUGGUCAAAGAGAAAUAGUAAAUCAAUUGCACCAAACUUUAAAGGGAUCUCAGAAUAAUCCAAAUGCAAUGGAUAUUGCUCAAGAUUCCCAAAUAAGUGACAUGUAUGGAUCAGUAACACCACUGAGACCUCAGAUCACAAAGAUGAUAGGAACAUAUGCAAAAGAAAAAGAGGAUCUAGUAUCUCUUCGCCAAGUCUUAUCUAGUGCAGAACAGACGUAUAACCAGUUACUAGAUGAAGCUGCAAAUUCUUAUAGGCUUCCAAUACAACAAGUUGUACAACCUCCUAGUUAUGCGCAGUUUUCAACAUAUGCUGGACAUCCUCCAAUGCCCAACAAGGGUUAUGAAACAGCUUCGAUGAAUCAACCAUACAUCUCCCAGCUGGCUCCUUACCAAUCUAGUACUCAACCAAAUAUAACCAACACAGGGUCUCAAUAUGCAGGAUCUAUAUCACAGCAUCAGGCAUAUGCUGCACCUCCCAACAAUCCGGCUAACCAAUAUUCCCGCUGA